GACAGAAUGAAGUUUUGCACUAUCAUCACUAUCGCAGCCGUUGCUGUUGCAGUUAGCGCUAAGUCUUACGAUCAGCAGAUCACAUGUGCCGCUAAGGGAUUCACUGGAAAGUCAUACGACGAACCCAAGGUCUGCUGUGAGUAUUCAGGUAACUGCGGAAAUCUAUCCAAAUGCACGGAGAGCUUUUGCGCAGCAUCCGGCCGCUCUGGCCGCCAUGGACGCGGUAGUUCUAUUUCUUCUGGCAGCUCUGACAACGCUGGCGUGUCUGGCGACUCUAUGUCUGGCGUAUCUGGUGACUCCUCUUCUGGCAUGUCUGGCGACUCUAUGUCUAGCAUGUCAGGCGACUCUGAAAUGUCUGGCAAGUAUGACAGGUCUGGCAAAACUGACAUGUCUGGCAACGCUGACAAAUCUGACAUGCCCGUCAGCUCUGAUAACAUUGACAACUCUGCCAUGCCUGCUAUCCCGGGUAGAGCUGCUAGUUCUGGUAGCUCUGGCAGCCCCAGUUACGAUUGCAAGAUCACUUGCGCCGAGAAGCGCGUACGUGUCCCCGACGAUCUUCAGGGUCCUAUCCACGAGGACAAAGAGUGCUGCGAAUGGUCUGGUGAGUGUGGUGAUUUGAACAAGUGCACUCAGUCAUACUGUGAGAAGGAUUCCGCUCCCUCCGACAUCUACGACUUCCAGUUCUAA